AGCAUGCCGUGGUGGUGAGCGGGCUUCUCUGGGGGAGUCCAGCACGUUCCCAGCGCCGGCUGGUUUGGGGGUGUCUCCUCCCGUGGCGCCAUGGCGGCGCUGGCUAGUAGCCUGAUCCGGCAGAAACGGGAGGUCCGCGAGCCCGGGGGCAGCCGGCCGGUGUCGGCGCAGCGGCGCGUGUGUCCCCGCGGCACCAAGUCCCUUUGCCAGAAACAGCUCCUCAUCCUGCUGUCCAAGGUGCGACUGUGCGGGGGGCGUCCCGGACGGCCAGACCGCGGCCCGGAGCCUCAGCUCAAAGGCAUCGUCACCAAACUGUUCUGCCGCCAGGGUUUCUACCUCCAGGCAAAUCCCGACGGGAGCAUCCAGGGCACCCCAGAGGACACCAGCUCUUUCACCCACUUCAAUCUGAUCCCUGUGGGGCUCCGUGUGGUCACCAUCCAGAGUGCCAAGCUGGGUCACUACAUGGCCAUGAAUGCGGAGGGGCUGCUCUACAGCUCGCAACAUUUCACAGCUGAGUGUCGCUUUAAGGAGUGUGUCUUUGAGAAUUACUAUGUCCUGUACGCCUCUGCUCUCUACCGUCAGCGCCGUUCUGGCCGGGCCUGGUACCUAGGCUUGGACAAGGAGGGCCGCGUCAUGAAGGGAAAUCGAGUCAAGAAGACCAAGGCAGCUGCUCACUUUGUGCCCAAGCUCCUAGAGGUGGCCAUGUACCGGGAGCCUUCUCUCCACAGUGUCCCUGAGACCUCCCCUUCAAGUCCCCCUGCCCCCUGAAAUGUAGACCUUGGACUGGAGGCGCCUGCACUUGCACUGAUCCGACCACCGCCACAGCCUGUCUCCCAGCCCUGCUCCUGGCCCUGCUCUCUCCCCAGCUGCCAUACUCAUGCCCUGAGCAGCCAGGUCCCGCCCGGUGCUCUACCUUGAGGGAGCCUAGGGGCUGCUGAAAUCCUUAGAUUCUUGGGCCCAGGAGUGGGCCAGAGAGGUGGAUGUUUGAAAAUGGUCCUGGCUGAUCACUUCUUUUCUUCCACACUUACACACCCCCAAAGCCUUUUCGCGAGAUGGCACUGGGGGUUUCCAAACUGACAGAACCAGGACACAAAUACUCCCCACCCCAGGCUCAGCCAGUUCCUGGAGCCCUUUUCAUUGCCACUGAGCCAUAGAUUUAUACGUCUCCUGGAGCUCAGGAUUAGUUUUCUUUCCCUACUCUACCUUCUGCCUUGUUCUGGAUAGGUUCUGGAACACCAUGCACCCCAGCCAGGGCCAUUUAUGUACUAAGGCUCCUGCUGGAAUGUGGGCUUGCUGCCAGGUUCUGUUCUGGACCCAUCAGGCUUCCCUGACCCAGAUAGACCCCUGGUUUCCAAGUAGAGAGAGGCUGGAUUUGAGCCCUGUCCAGCUCUUGGCUUUGGACUGAAUUGGGGCCAGUCUCAGAUCACCACAGGUUUAACUUUUUUUAUCCCAGAGACACCCAAUUUCUAGAGCAUGGUGUUCUUAACACAUAUGGAGCCAUACUUCCUUCUGAAUCUCAACUCUAGGAUAUAGACCAUGACUCUCCUCUCUUCCCUCCAGGAUGGAACUGGGACCUAUGUAGCCAUAUUAUUGCUCUAGAGUAAGCUCUAGACCUAUUCUUCCAUCUUCUCUAGUGAUACCUAUUAAGGAUGUGCUCUGGAAAGGACCCAGCUAUGAUUCAUAAAGAACUAAGUUCUGGAUGAAUUAAGAACUACUACUUGUUUUUCCUAGAUAAUUUUCUAAAAAUCUUAUUCUUCCUUUAGAAUGCUAACCUUAUUUUUACAUGCAGUUUCUAGCUCCUGCAACUCGCCUGGGGUCCAGGAAAAUAAAGUCUGAAGGAGGACAGAGGAGUUUUAGAAAGAGUCCUUGGCUCAUAGUGGGGAAGCUAGGAUGGGAAAGGGACCGCCGGGACAACCAUGAUGUAGUUGGACCUGUACCUGGGUUGAGGGGACACGAACACUUAGCUACCUCAGCAGGAAUUUCUUCCAGAUCCCCUUUAAAGCUGAGGUCUUUAGGGUAAUGGGUCUAGAAUAAAAAGGACAAAUAUGACAUAGCCUUGACUCCCCCAGUGAGGAGACCCCAAUUCAGCAAUAAGUCCCACCUCUCUCCCCUAGGUCAGGCCAAGGAGGGUGGGGGCCUCGUCCGUUCCAGACCUCAUUUACUCCCAGAACUUCGAACUGAAUAGAACUUGCUUUACUUUACAGUUUAUAACCUCAGCUGUGUUUUAGGUACCCAAAAAGGGCCUGACUGGAUUUUUCUGAAAAACGUGGAGAGCUAGAGGCAGGCUUGGAAAAAGAUCAGGAAACCGCUAGUGAACCAGGAGGUAGACUGAGUAGCCUCAGACUCGGGCAGGGUAGACUGUGGAGGCCCUAAAGGGAGGGGCUACAGUUCCGGAGGCAGGUCACUUUUCCUCGGGCUCUUUCUACUUCUAGCUCGUUGCAAAAGAGGUUGAUACUUCCCUCAGCCACA